CAUAUUCAAUGUUUGAAUAUACUGAUUUUGAUUCGACAUUUGGCAAACGCUAUUUCUAUUUGUCAGAAGAACGUUUUUACUGAUUCCACUAUCACGCACAGUACAAGUGACGACCCAGUCACGUGAUUCGUAAGAAAACGGAAAAUACAAAUUAAGCUGUUUUCAUCAUUUUAUCGUUUCCUUAUUCAAAUCACGAUGCCUAUUACAAUCAAGCAAAAAGUCUAGCAUACGAGAUAAGGCAAAUGUAAUUCUUACACGUCUGAUGAUAAAGUGAAUCAACGAUUUAUUGCUAUUCCCAGGUAUGAUUUUGCACCAGAUCAUUUUGCAGUUUAAAUGUUUUUAUUGAGGCAUUGCAUUCUUCCCGCAUAUUUAUUUAUAGAUUUAUCGCUGGUAUGUGCACAAUGAUCAUUUUAUUAAGUUUUGAUGAAAUGCAUCAAUUAUCUCUCAUUUCAGUUCUAUGCUUCAAACUAACGAAAAGUUAGUUUGAGGCAUAGAGUCCUUGUUAGAACUAACUAGAAUGAAAAUACCAUAUGAACCAUAUUUAGCAGCUCUCAAUAAAAUAAAUGUAAUCCUAACUAGCUGGGACUACCGACUUCGAGGACUUCCACACACAGAAAAGAAAAGAAACAGUCGGUCUUAUUUUAGACCCCCUCCAGUAUCUGCACGGCAGGACGUUAAAGAUCAUUGUAUCGUUUGAAGUUAAACGGAUAGCAAUUUACCGCGCCUAACACAGUAAUUCGGAAAUCUUCUUCCUGUGCUUACAAGCCAACCUUUAGAGCAAGACCAAGGUAGACAGAAGAAGAGGGAUCUUCAGAAUGUACAAAGUGCUUAAAGAGGACACAAGACUCUAGGGUACAAAGACUAUAAGAAUCUUCAAGGAAAGAUUCCUGAAAAAUGGCCAUCGUCUUCUCCAUUGUAUUCACUCUUCUCUCAGUCUUUACAUUAUGCGUGUCAGCUUCUUACUGCUGCUACAACGAAACUAUUUUCCACGAGAUAUGCUGCCAGCAAAAUGCCUUGCUCAUCGACAACUGCUGCGACAACUCUACCAACAGCGCAUGCUUGAACAAAACAACAGCUGACCUCUGUAAGACAAUGAAACGUCCGCUAAAGGAACUUCACCUUGGCGCGUUUGUUCCAUACUCGGAAAUAGACCGAUUUGGGUUUCGCGCAGCAAUGGAGUUGGCAGUGGAGAUGAUCAACAACAGGAGCGACAUCCUCGGUGGACACAAGAUGGUCCUUCAUUAUGCUGACACAUUUUAUGGCGAUGGGGGAAGAGCCGUGAAAGCUCUCUUCAACUUCAUUAUGCAGCCCCCUAAUAAAGUGAUGCUGAUCGGCCCGGCCAGAACAGACGCUCUAAUGCCUGUGGCAGAAGCAGCGGUAAACUGGAACUUAUUGCAGAUCUCGUAUGCCUCUCUGUCGCCCAUGUUUGGUAAUAACCGCAAGUAUCGCAAUACUUACCGAAUUGUUCCAUCUUCCGAGUCGAACAGCAAGGCCAAGGUCUCAUUCAUCAAGAACUUUGGCUGGGAAAGAGUUGCUAUCAUUCACGAGUACAGUGCGGAGAUGUUUUCAUUGACAGCUUCAAUUCUUGUGAAGGAACUUGUUCAAAACAACAUAAGCGUCAUCGCAGUUGAAGGAUUUCAACAGAAGGAAGAUACGGAUGUUAGCUUUCAAAUUAAUAAAUUAAAGAACAUGGACUCCAGGAUCAUAAUUGGAGAAUUCUCUAAAAAUGGUGCACAGAAGGUCUUUUGCGAGGCAUACAAGCAUGGCAUAUACGGUCCGAGAUACGUCUGGAUAGUCUUUGGUCAUCUCGACCCACUGCUCAUCCUGGAAAUACAGCCGCAUGUGAACCACGUGUCGUGCUCUAGGGAAGAGCUCAAAGAAGCCCUACAAGGAGUGUUUGCCACAGCCCAACUGGAUCUUCGUCAGGAUGAUAACACCACCAUCUCGGGCAUGACGGCAACACAGUUUAUGAAGACAAUGCAAGAGGAGAAAAAGAAAUCAGAGACGUAUACCUCGUUCGCAUUUGACUCAGUCUGGAGUGCUGCAGUAACACUCGACGAGGCUAGCAAAACCAGCAACAUCCACCCAGACAAGUUUAACUAUAAUGGCACCGCUCACGCUUCUGGUUUUAGGAGAAUCCUAGAGGGUAUUAACUUCGAGGGGGUAACGGGACCAGUGCGUUUCUCCGGCGAGAGUCGAGAGAGGGUUGGAACCGUAAUGAUCAUGCAACUGCAGAACGAGAGUUGGGUCACCAUCGGCCAGCAUUUUACUUACUCCGAUUCGUUGGAUUUAUUUCACAAAAUCGAAUGGCAAGGCGGUCGCCCGCCCAAGGAUCGCACCCUGGAGAUCGAGGAGCUGCUCCUGAACCCGCUGCCUCUGAUUGUAGUCACGUGGCUACUUGCCGGGAUAGGUGCACUGCUCUCCAUAUUUUUCCUUUACUUUAACGUCGUGCACCGGGGAAACAGAUCCAUCAAGAUGUCCUCGCCGCAACUCAAUAAUUUUAUCAUCCUUGGCUGCCUGCUGUGUUACGCAUCAGUAGUCCUGUUCGGUCUUGACGGACGAUUUCUGACUCUUGAGCGCUAUGGCUUUAGCUGUAACGCCCGUACCACGGUUUUGUCGAUUGGAUUCUCGCUGUCGUUCGGGGCGAUGUUCAGCAAAACUUGGAGAGUACAUAAGAUAUUCACGGCUGCAAAGACUCUCAAGAAAAUGGCAAUACGAGAUAUCCAUCUAUUCGGCAUUGUCGCAGCCUUGGUGAUCAUCGAUAUCUGGUACCUCUCUAUUUGGUUUGGAUUCGAUAGCCUUAAAGCCACAAAAAUCAGGUUCGACGAUCAGGCACGAAAAGAGCACGACAAGAUUUACAUCCCAGUUCUUUACCAAUGUACGUGCACACACAAGACCUAUUUCCUGGCGGUAAUAUACGCUUACAAGGGCAUCCUUCUUCUUUUUGGCCUGUUCCUUGCCUGGGAGACGCGAAAUGUGACCAUACCAGCGUUGAAUGAUUCCAAGUACAUAGGCAUGUCCGUGUAUAAUGUGGUGACGCUUUCGUGUAUUGGUGCCAUCGUCACCACCGCUCUUGACGGAACCAUUCAUUAUCAAGCACCGUACGCCAUUACCUCCCUCUGCCUUAUCAUCUGCACAACUGCUACACUGUUACUUGUAUUUGUACCAAAGGUUUAUAACUACUUUACUGGAAGCGACGACCAAGCAUUUAAUGUCACUACUGUACAUACAACGGGUCCGUCUAUCGGACGACAUCAGAGUCACGGCUUUCGCUUUAACUCCGACAAUGACACUAAAGCUUGCUACUUGUCCAAAUCCGUGCAGACGGACCAUUCUGAGCUGGCUACCAGCACAGUCAAUGGCUUCAUGGCUAACAGCCCUGGUUCUAGAAUCAACAGUGCAUACGAAAUCCAGAUGGACGAUAUUGAACUAAACGAAACGCUGCCUACAUCUUUGGGGGGUCAAGGAGAGAUGGAUGCUGAAAGGAUAGCUGCUUGCAUUGUCACCAAUAUGUAAUGAUGGGUAGGAAAUGGACGGUACACACAAAGACAACCAUGACAGUUGAUAAACGGAAUCAAGAUGGACAAAGCUGCUUAAAGAGACUAUCCCGUCAGCCCUAAGAAGCCAAGGAAAGAUAAUUUAUUGUUACCAAUUAGUAAAAUGUCCAGAAGUUGAACGAUGUACAUCAAAACAGUCACGGUAGUGCAUACGAAACUGAGAUGAGCAACAUUGAUCUGAACGACAAAAUGUUACACCCGUUACCAUGUAAAAAUGCUCAGUAAAUGGACUGUGUACAAUACGACGCUUCUAACAGCCCAAUAAAAAGUGGGAGACGUGUUCAACAAACAAACAAACAAAAAGUUGGCACUGGCAGGAUGGAUAGACAUCAAUGAUUAUGUGAAGCCAUCAAGACAAUAUACAUAUUAUAUUAAGAGAGCAACAGCUAGUGAUUGUGUUAGGUGCAUACAAAUAUCUAAAGUUGCACUUGCUAUAUGGAAGUCACUGUGAAGGCAUCACACAGAGUUAGCUUGAACAUCCUGCCUUCGAGAAGCUAAUAACUAAAUAGAAUGGGGUUAGGAUACCCUUGACAGGCCUUGCACUGGUGGGGUUAGGGCUCCUAAAAUAGUUCGCCAAGCGUCAAUUAGACUGCCAAGUACGCCUUUUCUACAAACAGUAAAUGGACUUAACUGUAAUAAAACGUACACAGAAAGUGUAACACGGCCAUUUGGGCUUGCAGAUUCAGAAACGGAUGUAAUAUACAUUAAGAGAGUAAGACAGUCUAUAUAGUUCCAGACUUAAACAGAACAACAUAGAAUAAACAUUUAAAAUGUCUUACAAUAUUGAACUUGAGAACUUAUCUAAAACAUGAGACUUUCUUUGCAGAGUCUACAUAUUCCAGAUGAAUUAGUUAUUAACUUUUAGAUAAAAAUGCGAGUAUGUAAAUACAAAUGACAAUGGAUCACCUGAAAGAAUGGGAUUUCAGUGGGGAGUAUGCUUACAAAAUGUGGCAAACAUGACCCAUUGCUCGAACAUGCUUACAAGAUUCCAAUUAGUUUAGAAAAGUUUAAACUAAACAACUCCACUUGAUCCCAUGUACUGUGCACUUUACUUGAGCAACAAUAAACAAAUAAAGAUGGUGAAAAGAAGCAA